AAGAGGCUAUGCUGUAUGGAAAAUGUCGACUCGCUGAGGUUGCUGACCUUAGCAAAUAACAUCAACAUGGCAUCAACGCUCGCCGGAUACGAUGUGCUUUACACAAUUGCUUUGGGUUUCCAUGGAAGAUGCCAGAAGAUACGACGGAAAUCUGAUGGAAAAGUUCUGGUAUGGAAAGAGAUGCAUUACAACACUUUGACCGAGAGUGAGACGCAGGCGCUGAUCUUGAAGCUGAACUUCUUCAAGAAGCUGAAGCACCCGAACGUUGCGAGAUGUUACGACUGCAUCAUCGACAGCGCCGACACUAAGCUCUACAUUGUGAUGGAGGACUGCACCGGUGACACCCUGGCGAGCCUCAUUGCCUCUGCCUCAAGGGAAAGGCGUCAUUUGGAUGAACGAUUUAUCCUGCGAGUCAUUGCCCAGCUCACAUCAGCCUUGAAAAAGUUUCACAGGAAGCGUAACGGCAGGCCCGGUUUCCUUCAUCACAAUUUGAAAGCAAGCAACAUCUUCCUGGACAGCGAGCAGAACGUCAAACUUGGAAAGCCCUCUUGCACGUCCGCGGAAUGUGACAUCUUCUCACUGGGCUGUUUACUGUACGAGUUGUGUACUCUAUGCCGUUAUUUUCCCACCCCGGACCAAAAAGUGCUUGCCGAUAAUAUGCCAGCGGGGACUAUGAGAAGAGUCCCGGGACAGUACUCUGAGGAACUACGAAUGCUGCUCAACAACAUGCUCAACUUGACGGACUACCCGAGACCAUCGGCGGACUCCAUCCUCCAAAACAACCUGCUGGCUGAAGCAGUCGGGGAGGAAGAGAAGAAGGGUCAGCUUUGGCUUCAGAGGCGUUUAGCAAAAGCAGAGAGGAAUAAGAGCGUUUGCUCUUCUCGUAAAAAUAAGGAAAACCUCGCACCCGGUCAUCCACAGCUCGUCAUGCUUCACAACAGACCUCGGAGGCUCCAGACGGACGAUCGGCAUGCAAGUCGAGUGGACAAAGGCGGGUUUGUCUGUGGCCUCCGGUUCUGACAGAGGGAGAAUGUACAGUAAAU